AUGAACAUUUUUACCGUGAUUCUUGUUCUUGCUGUCAUAUCUUUUGGAGUUAUAACUCCUUCUGUUAAUGCUGAAGAUGUAAUCCGAUACAAUAUGACUCUCGGUUUCAAUAAUCAAUUAAAUAGUUUAACUAGUUAUACUUGCGACUCUGGAUAUCACUUAUGUUCAAAUAGUAUAGGGAAGUGUUGUGUGAAUGGAUAUUUCUGUUGUACAGAUAGUGAAGGUGGAUGCUGUCCAGAUGGAACAUCCUGUGAAUCUGGAUACAAAUGUUCCAAGAAUAAUGGCGGAAUAGGCGGAUUAGGUUAUACUGCUACGAUAAUAAUAAUAGUGGUAGCAGUUAUUGUGGUAUUAUUG